AUGCACAAGCCCAUGUCUAAAGUUUUUACCUUUUGCAACAGCCGUGGCUAUGGUUCUGUAAAUUAUGCCCUUUCAAAGGAAGUGACCAAAAGCUACUCCAAACGCAAAAAGGAUUAUAUUUCUGCCGCGUGUCUUCUGAAACAAAUAAAUGCCGUGCCACGGAUCCGUCUUUUUCCAUCGCAACUAAAGCUUAUAUUUAAAUAUCAGCAGUUUCUUACUCUCAAUUUUCCCGAGUCGGAAGACAGUUUGUUAUCAUCCCAUGAUAAAAACUGUACAGAACUUAGCAAAAUUCUCGCAGAAAUAUACCUAAAAAAUGAUUCAUUUGCUGCCUAUACAGAUGCGUGUCUCCAGACAGCUGAAAAAUUUCAAAUGCUAAAAACUUUGAAUACUCGAAGAAAAGAAGCUCGCGUAGAAAGGAAUUUAGAAAAGGGCAACCUUAUAAUUUCUGAUGAAGUUUAUGAGCUUCUAUUUCGGUAUUUCGCCUCUAAGGAUGACUGGAAUUCAAUUGAACGUACUUUGUCAUGGAUUCAAGAAGAUGGAAUAACACCUACAUUUAAAAUGUGUAUUGCGCCUCUCGCAUGUCUGGGAGGAUUACUUCAGCGUUCGCUAAAAGGAAAGCAGUUUUCAAAAGCUUUUCAACUGAAAGUAUCUACAGAAGAACGUCUAUUUCACGCUUUUAUCGAAGGAAAAAUCUACGAUGUGAUCGCUUUGGCUGAAAAACAUGGAAUAAAUGUGUACGACGGUCUUUUGAGAUAUCCAAGAGGAAAGGGCUCCCUGGAGAAAAUCCUAACUGCCCUCCUCUUCGUGAAUCUUGAUCGAAGGCCUAAUCUGAAUUUCCUUUCCCCACCUCCAUUUGACUCUUCAAGAUAUUCUAAAACAAUCGAAAUUUCUAAUCGUGUUUCCUCAGCUCUUGAUAAAGCCCCGCUUUCCCCAGAAAAUCUCCUUUCUGAAGUCUUUCAAUCUUCCGAUGCCAUGAUGGAGGCUUUCAAAGAGCAGCUUCGUCUGGAAUCCCAGGGACAAGUUCAAAUUCCACCUGCACUUCCAUUUUUUGAGGAAAUGCUCAAAACACUGCCCCAUCACAAUCAAAGCCAACAGAAGAUUCAUCAGUCACAUAGGAAGCAAAUUUAUGAUUGCUUUCUGCUUCCGCUGUUGUUGUUGUUGCUUGGAGGUCUUGCUUCCGCUGCUGUUGAAUUAGACUGGAGAGGUGUGGCUAUUCCAGCACUGUUAGCAAGAAGAAGCGUUGGUAGAUUUUACCAGGUCCCCAUCAUUCGAACAAGGAAGGAGAUAACUUCUAUUAGCUGGAUGAAAGAUGGAAAUUAG